UACUUAUUCAAUCUAUUGUUGAUACAAUAGAUCGAUUGAAUUGAAUGAUUCUAUACAAGAAAAUCAUUCCUUAUAUAGGAUAUUUGAAAAACAUGAACUAUCACUCAAUGAUAAUGAUUAAUAGAUAAUCAUCGACGAUCAAUUUAUCGUCAGUCGACGAUGAAUAUGUAUUUAUUCUAUUUACAUUACAUUCACAGCCGUAACUCAGUGACUAAAAAAAAAAAAAAGCAAACAAAAACAAUUCAUUUCAAUGGUUAUUGUUUGAAUUUCCAUGUAGGAAAUUUCAUUCUUUUCUUUGACAUCAUUUUCAUUGAAUAAUGAUGAUUAUUUUCGAAAACUAAGAUUUCUUCAUUAUUUUCAUUAUACAAACGAUCAAAUAAUUUAUGUAAAUUUUUUUAGAGAAAAAUCGUUUUAAUCGAUGUCUGUUAUGUGAAAUUUAUCGUGUGUCACAAUUUAAAAUGAAUGAAUACAUGGUUGAGUUUUUGAUGAAGUUCUAGAUCAAUUAAUUACUAAACAAAGAUUUAUUGUAAAAUAUUUUCGUACAUAUAUUUGUUUUGAUAUAUCAAUUCUUUUCUAAUUCAUUUCAUGAGUAUUGUUCGGAAUCUCAUAAUGCAAAUCCAUAAAACAAUUAUAACAUCAGCCUUCACUUGUUAUGAUACUGUAGUUAGUCAGUGGUCUUUUGACUUUCCUGAUUUCAGCAUCAUAGAUUUUUCUUAAUCAAACUAAAUGUAAUGAUUUAUCAGGUAUAGAUGGUAGUUCCAAAGAAAUAAAGAUUACUGUUAUUGCUGGUAAAAUUCGUCGUUGUAUAAUAUAUUCAUUAUUUUACUUUUUUCUUUCAUCAGAUAUUUCUAAGAAAUAUUCUAUUAAUGGAGUAUCACCAUAGUUGUUUCGCCAUUUUCUAUUCUAACGUUCUUAACUGGUUAUUCUAAUUUUAAGGACUGAUAUAGAGAGUUUUUAGAACAUAUUUCUUUUAAAUAAGAAUCUUCAACUCAUAUUAAUAAAUUGUUUUGGUGUCUGACAAAGAUGUUAUAGUUGCUGUUGUCAUUGAUCUGUGUAUUUGUCUUUCAUGUUAUCAUCCGUAUUUCUAGAUAUGCCACGCAUUAGGCCAUUAUUUUGCGAUUACGAUUUCUUAAAUUAUUUUUUCGUUGCAUAAAGGACAAGCCAGAAAUCUUGAUACAAUUUGAAUAUUAAAAUUUUCUUCGUGAAAUAAAUAUUUGUAAAAUUUGUCUUUAUGAUGAAAAGAUACAGUAAAACACACACACUACAAUAUAAUUUUUUAUUCACUUCACUAUUUCUUGUAGUGAGAAUUGAAAUAAGAAUGUAACGUAACUCGUUCGUAAAGUCUCAGAGAACAAAUUCGUUGUGUAAAAUUGAAAAUAUAUCAUGUUAAGAUUCUUUUUCUAAAUCAUAAAUAAAUAAGUCAUCUGAUAGGAUCCUCAAGCAAGAUCGAACUUAGUUAUGGUAACUUCUUCACUACCAUUAAAAAGCCAUAUUUUUACUUAGAUUUAAACAAUAAUUUCUUUGCUCAUAUCCCAUUCAAAAACCAAUUUUUUGUUUAUUUUUAUAAAAGUUUUAUCUCAACUGAUCAACUGAUAAAUAAAUAUAUUGAAAUUAGAUUCAAAUAGCAUUCUCACAUCUCAAGAUUCCGAUAUUUCUAUGAUUUUAAAGAGAUACAUAUAUAUUAACAGUGGCUUCACACAUCUUAUUUUUCGUGUAAUUAUUUAUGAAUGAUAUCAAUUUAUUAUUUAAACUUUAAAUUGAAAAAAAAAUAAAAAAGAACAUGAUUUUAUUUGAUUAUUAUUGUUUAUGACCACAAGCCAGAAAAUUUGUUUGAUUAUAAUAAAAGUCGAUUGUUUUAUCAGCACAUGCUCCUCCUCCAGUUGAACCAACAUGUGGACAAUGUAUAGAUGGUAAUAAAGGUACAAAAUAUGUAUGA